AUGCUCACAGCAUCGAACAGUGUGAUGAAUACUCCUCAAGAGCAGCAACAGCAACCACCACAACAACAACAUGCAUCCUCUCAUCACUAUUAUUUGCAUCAUGCACUCAACCAUACUCCUUCGAAUGCAAAUGGUCAAUUGGACAUGACUCAUCCACAACAAGCCUUACUACUUUUACAAGAACAACAGCAACAACUUGCCAACAUGUUACAACUUGCUUCAUUGCAGAAUUCUCAUCAGAAUUCUAUUGUAAAUACAAAUGCAUUGAACUUUAUCAUUCCUCAACAACAUGAACAAUUAUAUGAACAACAACAACAACAUCAACGCUUCGUCAUGCCAACUUCUCACUAUAAUUCCAAUCAGCAUGUUCAAGUUCCACCAUUGAGUACUGCUACAACAACAACAACAACUACUACUUCUACUACUACUACUACAACUGCCACUGCUAAUAACCCUCGCAUCUCUUCUCUCAUCACUGAUGACUUUGAUGACAUCUUUUUGAGUGGAUGUUUUGAUGAUGAUGUUGUGACCGUUGGUACUGUACCAAGUACUCAAGUGGAUGGAUCAACGAGUCUCCAACAAGUACCACCUUCACACUCUUCUCAUCUUUUCACAUCAUUCAAUCAACAACACCCAUUAGUAUUUCCAGGAGGAGAAUUGAUGCCUUCCACUCCACUCACAACCUCUCAUGCAUGGUUAAAAGUAAUUCCUGAUCAAGAUGUCAUGUUCUCUAGAAAUUAUGAUUCGUACUUGUCUGUGGUUCAACCUGUCAUUACUUCUGCGUGUCAUAGGAAUGAUCAUUAUGAAAUAUCACAACACUCACAGCAACCAUCACAACAACACUCUCAUCUCGUCAUGCAACACCCCUCCACUCAUGAGAACCAUGAUCCCAUCAUGAAUUUAUUACACCACCACCAUAGUGUCAUGCCAUCCAUUCAGAAUCAUUCCAUGGCUGAUUCAUCAUCAUUCAUGAAACAUUCCACGUUGGAUCCUACUCGAAUGAAUACUUCUACUACUACUACUACAUAUAUGAAUACUACUGCUAGUCCUCAUUCGAAAAGAGGACAAAAGAGAAAGAAUGUUCCUUCAAAUCAUCAAGAAGAGGAAUUACAUUCAAGUGAUUCCACCACUCUUCAUCGUGGUGUACUCGACAAGAAAAAGAACAAACCCAAUGAUCCAAUAGUGAUUGCCAUGAAUCAAAAUGAAACAGCAGGAACACAGUCCUGUAGUCUAUAUGAACAAACACAACAACCACAACAACCACAACUACAAACACAUUUAUUACAACAAUCACAACAACCAUAUCAAACACAUACUUUAAUUGAUGAUGAUUUAUUACAACUCGAUCAAGUCUCUGUUCAUACGACUUCAACAGAUGCCACCAAUAACAUUAUGCAUACCAUGAUGGCUUCAUUCUUUCCUCAACCAACUUGUUCAAGUAACCACUUGAAUCAUAUUCAUCCUUCCAAGAUUCAAAUGUCCACAAGUUCACACAAUGAUCUUGCUUAUACUCAACUCAAUGCACUCAAACAUGUCAAUAAUUCGAUCACUGUUGUAUUAUUGAAUAAUGAUCCAAUUAUUGAAUGUAUUAAAUUCACUCCCAAGAAGAAGAUGACCUUUGAAUUGUUGAGUCUCUUGGAAAUUGAUCCUACUCUUCUUUCCAAUCUCACUCCUAAUUCCUAUGAUAUACAUUUGGAUCAAUCUCUACUUCUUCGAUAUGGUAAGAGAAGUGCUGCUGCUGGUAGUAGUAAUGGUCAUUCGAAUACUACUAAUACUACUAUGAAUUCUACGACUUCAACUACGACUUCAACUAAUUCUAAUAGUCAUGCAGCAACAAAUUCUCAUCACCAUGGUAAUACUACUAUUGCUACUACAACUACGACUCAUGAAAACAAAACAGUGGAUCCACCCAUUGAUCUCUAUCAAUUAUUCCUAACUGCUCAAAUUACUGUUGAUGGCAAGAAUUUAGAAAAUAUGGAUGAAUAUUUCAAAUUCAAAACAGAUACCAAGAAUGAAAAAACUCUUCAUUUCAAAAUUGAAGAUUUGAAUCAAAGUCAUGAUCAUCGAUGGAAUGAACAAAUUGUUGGAACCAAAAUCAAUGCCAAAUUAUCAUUCAAUUUAGAAGUGAAAAUGGUCAAACCUAUUAAGGGUAUUUCAAUCAACUUGUUACUAUUCCUUCAACAAAAAGUACCAAGUAGUAGUAGUAGUACAAUGACGGAUUCGUCAGCUUCUGUUGGCCAACAACACGUGUUUUCAGAAAUGGAUCAACUCUUAAAAUGGAAUGUUCCAGUACUGGUUCAAGGUUCAAGAAGAAAGAAAAAAACUGAAAAAGAUUCUGAACUCAAAGAAUGUUUUGGAGAGAGAAUGUGGCCACUCGUCGAUUUACAAAUGGCUCUUCUCAAUCGUAAAGGAGCUGAAAAUGCAGAUACAGAAAUGGAUCCAGAUGAAGAUGGAUAUGGUCUCAUGGAUGAUAUUCUAAGAACUCGAAGUGAUCAAUCUGUAUUUCGACCCAUUGGUGAUUCAAUUCUCAAUGAAAUUGUAAGAGAGGCUGAAAAUAAUUUGUGUAAAGAUUCCAAUAAUUUACAUGCCCUUCGACUCUUUGAAAAGUAUUUUCAAACCAAAUAUGGAUCAGGAACUUCUUUGGAUAUUUUUAAUUUGACACGAUAUUUGGCAGCCAAAACCAUCAAUCGAGAAUACAUGUUACCUGAUGUGGUUGUAGCAGCAACAGCAACGAGUGCGCACUUGAUCAAUGGGAGUAGUAGUAGUAUGAAUUCCCUCAACAUGGAAGAUGUUGCUGAAAGCCUCAUAACACCCUCUGCUGCUGUUCAUGCCUCUUCUUCGAAUCAUUUCAUGAGAAAUCCACUCAAUGAUAUUCUACCAGAAAAUAUUACAGAAUUAGAUUUAACCAUUCUAUUGAAAUUAACAUAUCUAUAUUCAAGAUAUGAACCUAUCUUUAAAGCAGAUGGAUGUAACAAUACUGAAAAGAUGAUCAAAUAUUGUUGUCAAAUUGCAACCAAUCCUCAAUUUAGUAUCAAAACCAAAGUCUUUAGUUUAUAUCGAUUAGCUGAAUCAGAAUAUCUUAAACUCAAUAUUGAAAAAGGUCGAUUGAGUUAUCAUUCCUUAGAGAAGUGUAAUCAAUGUUACUUUUUCAUUCAAAGAUGUUUAAAAGAUGAACCAACUUUAACCAAAGGUGAAGUGAGACAUAUCAAAGCACUUGAAGCAUCAGUUCUCAAUUUGAAAUCUAUUUUAUUGAGUAAUAUUCAUAAUUUGGAACACUUUGCAUCGACACCUCAUUCACUCUCUGAAGAAGAAAUUAAUUCCAAAUUAUUAUCUCUGAGAGAUAUUGUGCAGUACAAACAUGCUGCAUUCCAAAUUAGAGGUCGUUACACACCACGAUGUACAUCCUUUGCACAAAUUUGUAAUAACGUGGCAGCAAGUUUGAGAGUUUAUUAUACGUUAUUCAAAAUGACACAAUCCUACACACCCAAGAGAGCAAUUUUAAUGCUCAAUGUCAUUAAAAAGAUGCAAAGUAGAGCAGUCACGACACACAAACAAGCCAAUCCAAACACUUCUCACUUGGCCUAUUCACUCUACAAGUACAAUUUAAAGACAACAGAAUUAUUGAUUUUAGAAGAGACUAAAUUAGAUAAUCCCACUGAAACAGAUAUUGAUGAUAAAAUUGAAAAGGCUGCAGCUGAUAAGAGAAAGUGCUAUUCCAAUUAUAGAGCUCUUAAGGAUCAAUUUUUAGGAAUUCAAUAA